AUGGCUGUCUUCGCAGAAUCGGCUAUGAUACCCAAGGAUCUCUCAGCCUUCAACAUGGGACGCGGAGCUUAUGACACCACGGGGGUCAAGAAGCCCGCGAAAAAGUUACUGGUGGUUUUCUUGCACCUGGUGCAGGGCCCCUGGAGUUUUAACGUGACUGCUAUGAAGUCGAACUUUUUCUGUAUCACUACCUACCUGAUUUUCUUACGCUCUUCGUUGGCCACCUCUGUUUUCGGCAUAUUCGACUCGGUUCCUAAUCAUGUCCUUGUCCUUUCCACCAUCACCUCGAUCAUGGACUGA